GUGCUCGAUCAGAAAUGUAGGACUUUCGACACGAUUAGUAGAAGCAAUUCACUUGACUUGGCUCUCUGGUUUCUUUAAGGCCGGUCAUACUGUGUGUUGAACUCCGCCAAGAAGAACAAGACAAAAAAGCUGAAGAAAAUUUUACAUCAGAGAAUUUUACUUGAACCAAGAAUAAAAUUACACUCAACUAAUUCGUUCCAUUAUACACCAAGCUCCAAUUAAAAGGGAUUUUUUUCCAUUUUACAUUUACACAAAAACAUUUAAAAAAAACGGCCGAAUAAUAGGGAAAAAAAGUAAAGAAAAUAAUUGCAAAGCUGAAAAAUCGAUAAAAUAAAAUUUUGCUUGAAACUGCACAUUUUUCAUUGUUAGAAUACGAAAAGUUUUUUUUCCAAAUAAGUUUCGUAGUUGCAGAAGUUGGCUUUUUUCUCUUGAAUCGCAUUUUUUUUAAACGUAAGUUUGAAAUUGACGAAGGAAAGUUCGAUAAGGUCCGAUUGAAGUGAAUGGAAAAAGAAGGUGGUUGCGUUUUUUUCUGUGCGUGUGAAAUCGAGUUCGUCAUUUGUGUGCUUCUUUUUCCUGGUAGAUCAUUUCGUAUAUUGCGGUCCUGUGACAGUUCUAGAGUUUGCGCAUCGGUACAGUGUGUGGACUUUAAUAAUAUUGGGAACGAAAAUAGAGAGAAAAUUACAUAAAACCAUAAAUAAAUAAAACUGAAACUGGUUGAUGGUGUGUGUAUGAUCUAACCAAGUCGACGGGUGCGGCCAAAUCAUCACAACGAAGGAAUACGUUCAAGCGCGACUCAAUUUCGCUUUUCCAUUUAACAUUUAAAACCGAGCACACGCAAGUUUCCUCAGUCCAAACGAAGACGACGUACAUAGAAAGAGAGAAAAAAAUUAUUUCAUAUCCCUUUGCGAUUCGCUCAACAUUCGUCAGACGAAUUUGAGAAAACUAAGUUCGGAAAGUGUGCUGUUGAAGUGUUGAACGAAAUUUUUCACGGAAGUGUAAACCAUUUUUCUCCGAUUCGAAAUUUGCUGACUUUAUUUGGAAAGGGUGAUUUUGGGCAGCGGUAAGUCAUUGCACGGGUCAUAUAAUGGCAACGGAGGAAAAGCCCAGUCAGGAGACUCCCGACCAAGUGAUUGAGGAGAUUUCGAAUAGAAAUGAUAUUCCGGCCACUUACGAACCGCCCAGUCCAUUGACCGGCUGCUAUCUGCUUAUUAUAUUGGGAGAGCCACACUCGCAAGAACACAAGGAUAUCAUUUUGCAGCGCCUAUUAAAAGGUUUGUUGUCUUGGAACGUGCUGGAUUGCCAUGUCGAUUUGGAAGAAGAACUGAACAAUUUAACGAAUCAUGCUCCCGAAGGAGAAGCCGCGCGCCAUGGCGAACGCUUGAUUCAAUUUGCCAGUGAAAAUUUGGUGACGGAAAUAUUGAUUCAUCCCCAAUACAAUACGCUGAUUCAAUGCAUGCGAAAUUUAUUGAGUAGCUUUACAAGACAUAGACAUAUUAUACAUUCCGGUUACACAUUCUCGGGAAAUGGUUCAUGGAUCUUGCAAGAUGCCACAUUUUCUGUAUCUGAUUUUGCCGAAGCUCUGCAAGACUAUGAGGUGCAACGCGUUAUGCGAGCAUAUCCCGAUACUAUAUCCAUGGAAAUACAUUGCGCCACGUCGGGUCACUGGAAUAAAUUGCCCGACAAAUCGUUUGCAAAACUCUGUAAAAUUCGCAUCAAUUCCGUUGACAUUCUCGAUUCUGGAAGUGAACGACUCAACGCAUUUAUCAAUUAUUUGUCACCAUUGAUAGCUCCGGCAAAUCUAAAUGAAUUGAUGGCGAGCUCCGAUGUCGUGGGAAAUAUUCGAUUCAGCCAUCCAACGCUCUACGUUUUUCCGGGUGGACAAGGCGAUGCUGCACUCUUUGGUAUCAAUGGAUUCAAUAUGCUGGUCGAUGGUGGUUUCAACCGAAAAUCAUGUUUCUGGGAUUUCACACGGCAUUUGGAUCGUUUGGAUGCUGUGUUGAUGACACGCAUCAGCAAUGCAAACAUUCAAGGGCUCAGUUCGAUAAUAGAACGUAAGGCAAUUUCAAAUGUGUAUCCGCAACUUGGAUAUUUCUUCACCAAUAUUCCCGAGUCAAAACCAGAACCAAGUUUGGAGAGUGAUAAGGAUAGCGAUCCACUGCUUGUUAAUUUAUUCGAACGCGGUCAAUCGCUAACGUCAAACUUGAAAUCAAUUAAUUUGAAACCACAGCCAUGCUACAAGGACGUUGAACCAAUCAACUUGUACCACAAAGUUGGCCAUGGCACUUUGGAUAUGUAUGUGAUAAGCCCGUCGAGAGAGUCCAAGGAAGUAAAAGAGUUUCUCCACAAAUGGAAUGCACGCGAUCAAAAUCUAUUCGCAACCAAACAGUCGAAAGAGUUCCAGUUUCCGCUGCAAAAUCUCGUUUCGAUUUGUGCAAUGUUAGUGUGGCAACCGGCCAAUCCGGAAGAGACUAUUACACGAAUUCUGUUCCCCGGCAGCACACCCGAUUAUAAGAUUAUGGAAGGUUUGGAUAAAAUGAAACACUUGGAAUUUGUUAAGCAUCCCGUUUGCACUGCAAACCAAAUUGAAGCCACCAGUUUCUCAUCAACAAUUUUAUCAAAAAAACAACAACUCAAAUCCGCCCUCGCCGACAAAUCAACUCACGAGCAAACAAUCCUUCCGUCCAAAGUAACUAGAACCGUGGUUGCACAAGAGAAGGAUAACAAAACGGUAACUGAGACGAAAACCGUAAUUAAAACGGAAAAAGAGAGUGCCGUCGUCGAUGGUGAAACGACAAAAGUUGAAGCGGAAAAAGAGCAAGAAAAAGACAACAAAACUGCGUCUGAGUCGAAACCCGUUGUGAAAUCACGCAUCGACUCCCGACCGCCCAAAUCAAUGGAGAAAAAAUUGAAAAAAGACUCAUCUACCGAAAAGAAGUCUAGUCCAGUCACGACGCCAAAGAAAGAAGCGAAACAGCCAAAAGAAAAAGAGAGAGAAAUCAAGUCGAGGAUUAUUAGUCGUGUGGCAAAAAUAAGCCCAAGCAGUACACCAGCUAAGAGUACUAAAGAAGCAAAUAAUCGCAAAGUGUUUGAGUCCAAGCAGAGGACAUCUGUGAAAACAGUCAAGAAAGAUGUGUCACAAACAAUCACCGAAAAGAAAGAAACUGUAAAGGAGCUGAAAGUCGAGCGAAAAGCCAUUUCACGACGGCCAAAACCAGCCGCCGGCAGCCCAAUGAAAAGUAUCAAAAAAUCUACCGCCAAAGACACGGCCGUUAUUCACAAACCAAAAGCGGAUAAAGGAGCCGCUUCUGAUUCAAGUGUUGUCUCCACACCAAGUGCUGCAACUGAUGAUGUAAAAGUUAAGAAAACGGCCGUUGAGCAGGAAAAACAAAUCCUGCUCGAUGAUUUAAUCGAAGAACAAGAGGCAGUACGUGAAAUUGAAGCUGUUUUACAACGAUCGGAGAGCAAACAAAUUGAUGAUGAUGAACGUCGUACUAUUAUUAUUGAUAAACAGGAUAGCACAACCGAGGCUGAUGAAGAUGAAGAAUAUAUCAUUAUCGAAAAGGAAGAACAAUACACAGAGGAGUGUUCGGUCAAUGACCCGGAAAGCGGUGACUUAACUGGAAAAGAAGAAGUCAAGCAUCAACGCGAUUCACAAGAGUCAGAGAAGAAGCGCAAACCAAGCAUUGAAACAACUGAAGAAGAGGAAGAGCCACAGCAAGCCGGCGAAAAAUUGACCGAGCAAGACAAACCAGAUGCGGAAAGCGUUGCGGCUGCAGAGGAACCUAUUCAUGUUAAAGAAGAAGAAAUGGAAGAAGCAAUUCCAACUUCACAUAAAAUGAAUGGCGACGUUCCAAAGGCUAAAUCUGAUAUCCAGGAGGAAGCCAAAUCCGAUGAAGGGUCUCCAAUAUCCGACGAGAAGCAGCCCAGUGAUGAGAAAAACAUUUAUGUCAAGGAAGAAUUAGGUGUAGAUAAAAUUCCGGCUGACACAAAGGAAGCAGAUAUUGUCAACGUUCCUGAAAGUCAAGCAACAGCCGAGUCGGGUGCUACAACUGCACCAACAUUGCCAGAAGAUGAGCAUAUUCCAUUAGACGAAGUCAAAGAAAAUGUUGUGAUUGAAGAGAAAUACAUCAAAGAAGAGACAAAAGAAACGCAAGUGGUUGUCACUACCGUUGAUGAGCCAGUAGAACGUGUUCAACCGAAACCAAUGCAAUUCGAUGCUCAACAACCACAUUUGCGUGAGCUGAAUAUUAAAACGCCAGAUGAGGUCGCUGAUUUGCCGGUGCAUGAAGAGGCUGACAUUGCUACUGAUGAAACACCAGCUGGCAGUCGAAAGGCUUCACUGCGUAAAGGUGAAGAGCUGACCAAACAAGAACAGCCUAUCAAAACCGAGCCAGUUGAAAUCGAAUCUAAGGAUAUUGACGAUGCUAAAGUCUCUCCCAAAGAAGAAAAUUUGGGAUCGAAAACUCCGAUCGAAAAGAAAAGCCCAUCGCCAACAAGUGUUGAGCAGAAAGUUGCCUCGCCGGUUGAAAAAGUUGAAUACAAAGUUGAAGAUUUGGGCAAACAAUUCGAAAGUACAUUGAAAGAUGUUACCGCAAAAGUGGAAUUUACCGAUGAGCCAAACGAUUUGAAAGGAAAAAGUCCAGUUGAUGAUAGCAAACCAAAUGAUACCGAAGCACCUAGCCCUUCUAAAGAAGAAAUUUUGAUAAAAGAUGAAGCCGAUGAUCGUAAGAGUGUAUCGCCGAUUGAUGUUAAACAGGAAGAAAUCAGAACAACCUUGAUUCAAACAGAAAACACUGAAAUAAAAACCGAAUUUGUCGCUGAAACAAUAGAAGAAUUGACAAGUGUAUCGCCCGACAAGAUUGAAUCAGAACGAAAAGCGAGUGUCGUUGAUAAAACCAGUGAUGUUAAAGCUGGGAAAAUCGCAUCGAAAAGUCCAUCGCCCGACUUAAAGGAAGAAAUUAGUGCUACUCCAAAGGAAGUUGAAACAGUGUCCGGAAGUAAACGAGAAAGCUUAAUCGAGGAUGACGAUUUCAAAGCUGAAAUCGCUAAAGUCAGUGAACCAAAACCAAUUGAAAUAGCAACAUCCAAAAGUCCAUCACCAACAAGAGAUGAGAAAAUCGGUGAAUCACCGAAACGAAGUGAGGUCACAAAUGAAAAACUUGCAAGUGUAUCUAAAGAGCCCGAAUUGAAGAAAGCAGAAUUAGAGCUCGAAGAACCUGAACAAAUUAUUAGCAAGGCCGAAGUCGAUAUUGCAACAACUAAAGCUGGUGAUGUUGUUGUUAGCGAAGAAAUCAAGAGUGCUUCGCCAAUUCAAGACAUCAUUGAAACCAAAGAAGAGAAAGUGGCGUCAAAGAGUCCAUCUCCAGAUCUUAAAGAGCAAGCAUCUGUUUCACCAGUUCCACAAAAGGAAGUGGUCGUCGAAAUUGUUGCUUCAGUGGACAGUAAACGGGCUAGUUUAAAAGAUGAUACUGCAAUCGAAGCCGCAAAACCUAAUGAACCAGAAAUCGAGGAAAAAGAGAAAUCAAAGAGUCCGUCACCAACAAAAGACGAACCAAUUAUUGAAUCACGUGAACAAAGUGUUGCUGAAAUUGAGCGUAAGAGUGCAUCACCAGUUGAAAAAGAACAUGUGGUGUCACCACCAAAAUCAGUUUCGCCGCCAGCAAAAGAUGAUAUCGCUUCACCGGAACGCAAAGAUAGUGCCGUCGCAACAAAGUCCAUUACUCCGACCGAAUUAAAUUUACAAUCGUCAGACUAUACCGAAGUAUAUGACUACAGUCAUCCAUUCGAUGCUCAAUGUCCAAAUGAAUUACGCGAAACUCACAUUACAACUGUCGAGUCACCAAUUGUUGAAAAGAGCAAAUUGAUCGAUUUGCAAGUCAUCGAUAAAACUAUAACUGAAAUCAUCGGGGGAGAUGAUUCAUCAUUGAAUGAUAUCAGAGAAGAAGAUGAAGAGGAUCGUGUGACGCCACCACGUGAAGAAAUACAAGAGUCCUCUCCGAAACCAAGUGUACCACUUGAAGUGCAUACUGAGCCGCCUAGGUCAGUUUCGCCACGAGAACAGGAAGUUUUGAAAAUUGUUGCUAACGUGGCCGAGGUGUUAAAAUCUGAAAAAGACAUAACCGAUAUUAUUCCCGAUUUUAAUGAGGACGAAUUAGAAAAAAAUAUCAUGCAACGUGCAAGCACACCCGAAGUAUUUUCCAGCAUCAAGGAGUCUGCCGACUUCCAUGAUUUAUCUGCUUCGCUAUCAGAAGCAAAAACGUCAACCACUUCAAUUGAUGAGAAGGAACAACAUGAAAUUGCCGAAAAACACCAGGCCGGAUUCCAGAAAGAAGUGGCCGACGGUGAUGUUUAUCGCAAAGAAUCGUAUGCCGGUGAAGUUUUGGAUGAUUCGCGACGUGAAUCUGCAAUCAGCACAUUCAGCGAGAGAGAUUUUACCAAAGAUGAAAGCACUUUGGAUAAAUUUUCUCGUUCAAAUUCAUCAUUGGAAUUGAAACACGAUGAAUUAGAAGUGAAAUCAACUGAAAUCGAAACACACUCGGAAGUAACUCAAAUCGAAAAGUCUCAAGUAAGCGAGACGGUAGCAAUAGAUUCACGCAGACAAUCGCUUCUCAGCGAUAAACCAGGCUCAACAUCGCCUGAAAAACAAGAAGAACUUGAACAAAGCAAAACCGUAAAGCCAACGGCAGAAGAAACAAAAGUAUUAACGGACCGUAAAGAAAGUAUUAGCUUGAAACUUGAAGAAGAUAGUGCAACUGUUCAACGAAUGCUGGUGACUGCAAGUAGUGAAGACGGUGGCGAAGAGACGGAAAUAUGUGCCGAAGGCACCAUCAAAUUUAGCCCAUCAGCAACAACACCUGAAACAUUUUCGGGCAAGGCUACGCCAGAAAUUGACCACGAUGAUUUGCAAAAGAAACCCGAAUCGGGUAAAGAAACCGUUGAAGCCAGCCACAUUGAAUCGACAUUGGAGGUUGAUGAUUUAACACGCAGAGAAACGACAAGCCGACAAAGCGAUCGCCCCGAUUCAGUAAUGAGUCAUUUCAGUGAUACAACUGAACCCGAACUGAAGGAAACAUGCAGCUCACCUGAAAAGCAAGUCCAUGAGAAACAAUCAAGUUCAUCGGGCAAAUCAACCGGUUCACCAUCGACUGCUAGCAGCAGCCAUGGAUCUGUUGAAAUCGAAAAGAAAGAUGAAUCACGCCCUGACUCUCGAGAUAUUGGUGGCAAAAUUGAAGAGAAACAUGAUCUGUCGGGAAAAACAACAUCAACCGAUGCUAAUCGCCCUGAAUCGGCGGCUGAUGACAAAAACAUUGAUGAUGUGCAAGCAAAAAAAUCAUCAAGCCUACCUAUCGAAAGCGAUAAAAAGGAUUCGAUCGAGAAAGAAGACGACAAACAAUUGUCAACAAGUGAUUUAUCUCGUCCAGAAUCUGCCGCAAAACCUGAAUCCCGAAGUCAAUCCGUUGCGAGCGAAGAAAAAAUCGAGAUUGUAGACGCACAACAAUCACGUUCACAAUCAAUUGUGAUUGAAAAACAAGAUGCUUCCGGCAAAACAGCACCGGCUGAAGUUAGUCGCCCCGAAUCAGCAGCAAGCGACAGGAAAGCUAAAACUGAAGUAAAAUCACCAUCGCCUCCCCAAGAAAAAGAAUCAUCACGACCAGUAUCAAGUGCAAGUGUGGAAAAAAUUGAACAUGCCUCACCAACACCAUCCACAAAGUCCACGGAGGAAAAAGCAGACGAUGAUAAGUCACCUGAAGACAUCCAAAAAUCACGUUCUCAGUCAAUAGCAAGCGAAAAAGUGGACAUUUCUGGUAAAACUACUCCAUUGCCAGUCAGUCGACCCGAGUCUGCUGCCAGUAACAUUAGUGCAAAGGAUGCAGUAAUUACAAAAACAACGGCUGACUUGAUUGAACCUAUCAGCUGUGAUGAACAGAAAUCACACUCUCCAUCGCUCAAAGAAGAACUGAUUGAGGAAGAGUCUACAUCGUCUAAAAUAGAUUCAGUUGCAAGCGCAAUUGAUGUACAGAAAGACACCGAAAAAUCGCCAGUUAAGGAUGAGGCAACAACCAAAACAAUUACAACAAUUAAAUCUGAGGUAAAAGACGAAUGCACUGUUAGUUCCACUUUUGUUGAACAAAUUGUGAAAUCGCCUAGUCCUCCAUCUGAGGCGAUUAAGAAGGAUUCAUUCGACAAAGCCGAUGAUCAAAGUGUUUUGAAAGGUGACGUAUCGCGACCGGGAUCGGCAGCAAGUGAUAUCAGCUCGAAGGAUGGCCAAAAAUCGCCAGUUGUUUCUACAGAAAAAGAACAAAUCACAACGAAAUCGGAAUCUCGUAGUCAAUCCAUUGUGAGUGUCAUUAGUGAAGAGAAAGAAGAAGAUGAGAAAUCGACCAAAAUCGCGUCACCAAGCCCUCCCGAGAGUGUGAAAAGAGAUUCUUUUGAAAAGGUUGAUGACAAAAAAUUGAGUGUUAGUGAAUCAUCACGACCCGAAUCGGCAACAAGUGACAUUAGUUCAAAGGAUCAAGCACCAUCGCCGAAUCGACCAACCAAAGAUGAGCCAUCGGUAACUAAAGUGGAAUCGCGAAGUCAAUCCGUUGCAAGCGAAGAAAAAGUCGAGAUUGUAGACGCACAACAAUCACGUUCACAAUCAAUUGUGAGUGAAAAACAAGAUGCUUCCGGCAAAACUACACCGGCUGAAGGAAGCCGACCCGAAUCGGCAGCCAGUGAUGGAAAGAAGAGUGAUUCAAAAAUAACUGAUUCUCAAAUUCAGUCGACGGCAAGUGUUGUGGUUGAAGAAAAAACGACAUCUCUCGCUUAUGAAUCGUGUCAAUUGACAAGUGACAUAGCCGCAAAAGCUGAAAAACCCAAAAACGAGACAGAAAGUAGUGAUUUAGAUGGUAUUGGUGUUCAAAUAGCGACUGGGAGUACUAUUUGCGAUAUUCAUGAUUCAGCUGAUAAGAAAACUGGCGACAAAGGAAUCGUAGAUGAUAAAUUUGUUAUUCAUGAUUUGCCGAAGAAAACCGAUGUAAUGAAAGAAUCACGAUCAAAAUCUGUAGCAUCGAUUUCAGUUUUUGGUACUGUUGAAACACCACAGAGUUUCGAUCUAGAGAAAAUUACCGAGUUGUCGAAAGAUGAUUCAAAUCUAGCGGGCUCAUCACGGAAAGCAUCCGAUAUCAGUACAUUGAUUGAAGAUGUCAAGAAAAUUGACGAAAAAAUCAGUAAGCCAACGGCUAGUGAGAAAGUUGAGUCAACUGAAGUGACAACGACCACUAGCACCAAAGACGAGCAUUUAUCGAGCUUGGAUCAUAAAUUAAGCCAACAAAAGAGUGCUCAUUCGUCAUUGGAAAGCACAACGUCGGACAAAGUUUCGAUUGAAACUGUUUUGGAUAGUGGUGUUUUGGGUAGUUUCGAUACGAAAGAGCACUCAUUCGAUUUGCCCGCCACCACCACCAAAGAAGUAACAUCAUCGGUUCAAGUAGUAACAAAAGAAAUUUCAGCGAUUAAAUCCGACUCGAAAACAUUGCGUGAUUCAGAUAACGAAAGUUUGCCUAUAAGUGACGACGAAGCUGUUACAUCAAGCCAGAAAUAUUCGUAUGAGGAUUAUCAAUUCGAGAGAUCAAACUCGGAGUUGAGCAAAAAAUCUGAUUUGGAUAUUGAUGACUCACAAAAUGACAUUCCGCCAGAAUACAAAUCCGCAGUUGGCUAUGGCAGCCAAGAAUUCAAAUCAGCAGUGACCGUAUCAUCGUCCUAUACCAUGGAUCCGAUGAUGAGUGCAUCAUUUUAUGGUGAAUUGCCGAGCGGAAUAGAAAAAUCAGAACCAUCGACGACAGUAACAACCGUCCGAACCGUGAUUACGAAACAAUUCGAUGUUCAUGGCGAAGGCGAUCCAAUCACUCACACACAUACCAUACAAGAAACAUCCACGACUAAAUCUGAUGACCAUAAAUUCCUCGACGAAGCCGACAUGGGCUUUGAAAAGGCUUUGGAAGAACACCGUCAGGCACGAGGUGACGAUGUAAUGUCAUCGAUUACAUCCAAAUAUGAAUUUUCACCAUCAAAAUUCCCGGCUGAUAAAUUGACAGAAACCGCCAGCGGUUUCCCAUUGAGCGAUGUGAAAUCGCCUAAGGAACAGUCAAAAGACGACGCAGCAAGCUCAGCCGAUGCAUUGGCGAAACAAUUGGAGGACGAUUUAAAGAAAGCUGAAGAACGAGUCGCAUCUUGGGGCAAACCUUUAGGUCUUCCAGUAUCGAUACCAGAAAAUCCAUCAACACCAAAGAAAGAACGGAAAAUUGCGUCCGCUAAAAUUAAACUCAAUAACGAGAAGAACAUUCAGAAGCGCGCCAGUUCGCCAAACAAAAGCAAAAAAUCCACACCAAUUUACAUGGACCUCACAUACGUACCGCAUAACGGAAACUCUUACUAUUCGCAUGUGGAAUUCUUCAAACGUGUGCGGGCUCGAUAUUACGUAUUCUCUGGCACCGAACCCAGUCGCGACGUUUAUAACGCUCUGCUUGAGGCCAAACAAACCUGGGAAGAUAAAAGUUUGGAGGUCACUAUCAUUCCCACAUACGACACAGAUGUGCUCGGCUAUUGGGUAGCUGAAAAUGAAGAGUUGCUUGCUAAAUACCACAUCGAUCUGUCGCCGUCGGCAUCUAGAUGCACAAUCAAUCUACAAGAUCACGAAACAUGCUGCUCAGCCUAUCGCUUGGAGUUCUAAGCCAGCAAACAAACACUAGAAAGUGAGAAGAAUUUCCCAAGGUAGAAUUAUGUGGAGUAAGAAUAACAUGAACAGCCUUUUUCUUUGAAUGUCAUCAGUUUGAAUGAAAAAUAAAAACAAUGCACAAUCUAUAUAUGAAAUUCAAUUUGAUAUUUAAUGCACCGGAUAAAAUAGAACAAACAUUUCAAGAUUGUAUGGAGCGAGCGGUGCACGAAAUACAUAAAUAUUUGCUUCAUUGAUACUUUAAUCAAAAUGUUACCCCCUAUAACAGAAAAUCCUAUUCUUAUAUCUAUUGCAUUAUUGCAAAUCGUGCAUCCCAAAGCGAUUUAUUUAUGUCAAGUUAUUGUUGUUAUUAAAAGUAUCUGCUUGGUAGCUAGAUAUGGAUCUAGGGAAUGAAUGAAUCAAAAAAUGUUCUACCGUGGGCAGCGGAUUACAGAGUAACGGAGAGAAGUUUAUCCAAGUUUCAAGAACUUAUGUUUUGGUUUUAAGACCCCCUCAAAAAAUCGAACGAGCUUUCACAUAAAAAUUAUCUGUAAUUGAUGUACCUUAAAUCAAAACAAUGUUGUUAAAAUGUUUCUAUUUUCGCAUUUGAAACCAAUUCGUUUGCUAAUUAGUUUGAUCCACCAUCUAAUGGUUAGCAUGAUCAAAAAUGAAAUUUCGCUUAAUUUAUUGCAAAAAAAAAUCUAUUAGGUAUUAUGAAAUUAUUUCAAAAUUCGUUGCAGUAACCACAGUUUUAAUGCUGAUGAUGAGACCAUGCCAUGAAGAAAACAAUUUAUUUCAUAUCCAGAUUAAAAUUUCUAAAAAAAAUUGACAAAAAUACAUUAUUACUUGUCAUUGAUUCGGAGAUUAAUCCAAUCACCCAAUUCUAUAUCAAAAAUAAAAACCAAAUUUAUUUAGUGUUAGUUGAAAGAAUAAUAACUUCAUUUACUAAUAUAUUUUUAUGAAGAUUGAAAAAGGAAAGAAAAAACAUUAGAACGCUGCAUUAGAAGUGAAUAUGAAUAGAAUGAUUCGGUUUCGCAAAGUUUCGAUUGGUCAACCGAUUGAAGGUGCAACAAUGGUGGAAACAAAAUCAAGUUGGAGUGUAUUUUUUUGUAGAAAAAUCGAAUAAACGCCACUCAAACUGAUAAAACUCAUACCCAUCAUCCUAUCGAUCAAUCGAACCAGCCAUUCACCUCGAGUAUCCAAUUCCAACUCAUUCCCAGUGAAACAACAACACGAACAUACGUUUAUAGGUAAUUUUUAAUUUUACAUAUAUUAAGAACAACAAAACAUGAGCACGACAAAAACAGUUUCUAGUGGAAGGAAAACAAAAAAAAACCAAAAUGACUUAAAAUACCCAUUUUUAUUAAAAAAAUUGAUUUGAAAGACUAAUUAAAGCUGAUCUGAAGCUUAUGUAUAACUGAAUUUAAGACAUUUAACAGUGAAUUAUGGCUUCCCCCUCUGAAAUAAUCGCCAAAUAUCAAACUCAGACAUAAUUAGCGCAUGUUAAUUUUAAAUUCUCAAUCUCGCUGAAAAGAUUAAACAAACGAAUUAACAGGCACAUUUAAGCCAAUUCACAUAGGACAUUCAAAUAUUGAUUUUUAAACAUUUACUAAUUAAAUCUAAACAAAACAUCACACAACCUUCUCGACGAGAAAUACAUUUUGGGUUUGCAUUUUUUUAGAACGCAUAUUAAUUCCAAAGGGAUACAGACACACAUACACAAAUAUCCCAAUAAAAUUAAAACAAAUGUAUUGGAUUGAUGGCCAAAUAUCAAUCCCGUAGCGAACACACCGGUUAAAUGACUCAUUUUAAUUGCAUUUCUACUUGAAUACAAAAAAGUGAUUGUGAUAACGAUACAAAAAAUCGAAUGAUGGCUUAAACAAUAAUAGGAUGACAUUAUUAUAACGAAAUGAAGAAAAUACAUGAAUAUUACAAUAAAAAAACAAAACAAUUAAUUUUUAAUAAAUUGACCUCAAUGGAAUGUACGAGUUGAAGUAAAAAGACAGAAGACUUGGAACAAUAAAUGGAAGCGUGCAAGCGACAAGGUUCACGAAAGAAAAACUUUGCAGGACUUAAGACUUGUGAUACAAAUAGGAAACAAAUGCAUUUAUUCCAUAUUCAGUUCAGCAUUUUAUUUGAGUUUUUGAACAAGUCGAACAUUUUCCGUGGUUGUUAUUUUAUUUCAAUUUUUGAAUGCAGAAAAUUUCGACCAAAUUGCCGUGCCAGCUUUAUUUGUUUUUUUAGGAAUUUUUUGAAGUUUGUGCUUUUAUUCAAGAAAAAGAGCUACAAAAUAUGUUUAUUGUUACGUUUGCAGCUUGUUUUUUCCCUCAAUUUAAUUCAAAUUUUUCGAAAUGGAUUUAUAGCAAAGCCAAACGAAUGAUGUGAUUUUCAGACGGAUGGAUAAAGUACACAGAGAAUAAUUUCAUAGGAUAGCAAAUUGAGUGCGUAUUUUUCGCACCCGACAGAAUAUUAAACAAAUUGAUUUGAUAAACAUAAAGUUUAAAAAUGAAUAUGACGAAAUUGCAUAUAAAAUUCGGCAAAUAGUUUUUAUAUUGCAAAUCAUGCAAAAAAAAAGUGUCUUGAAGCAGGGAUUUUUCCAGUUUUUAUUUCAAUGAAACGACGACUAAAAUUUACGCAAAUAAAUUACGUUUUUCUUCACACUGAAUAUCACUGUAUACGUACAAAAUUUUAUGUUUGUUUUGAUUUUAUUCCCCGAAAAAGAUCAAAUACCAAAAUAAUAGAAAAUCUAAUUGAGACAUUCAUGCACAAUGACAAUUCAAACGAGACCGUUAACAGUUUGUUGCACCUUAAAAUUUAAACUGGCGCUCGUCGAAAAAUAUAAAUGUAGGGACGGAUUGAAAGUGAGAAAUUCGGCGUGUUUAUUAAUUAUCAAUUUCGCUUACGGUGUGGACAUAAAUUGGAUAAAUGUAUUAAUUGCAAAAAAGUAUAUUCAAUGCUUGAUCAGCAAUUGGCAAUGAACACUGAAACAUUAUCGAGUUGAUGAUUGCUAUUCAAUAGUUGGUCUGAAAAUUGUUUGCUUGAUUAACACCAUUCUUAUAGGACGCAUUGCAUUGACUAAAACCAAUAUACUCAAGAAUUAUAUAAACAAAUGUUAUUGCAUACAAUUUAGUAGCAUCCAUAUAUUAUCUCUAGUCAAUUUAAUGUGAAAAAUAUCUACGAUAAAUAUUUUAUUCACACCGCCACACUUGAGAAAUCACUAACAAACAAAAAAUAAA